AGGUUGUUUCCGGAUCUCACGGGGACAACUGUCAUUAACUACCCUGGUAUAAAAGAGCCUGACACAAUAAUUUUGUUGUUUUGAUCACAAAGGAAGGUAGAUUCUGUAUACCUAAUUUUCGCAUAUUAAACUGCAUCUAUAUAUUGUUGCCUUUAAAACUGACUGCUGGAAAGAAACAUGCCCAGCUGAACUGAGGUUUGCAUGUUUUAUGAUCAUCAGCUGCUCAAGCUCUUUUCCAGUGAGAGAGUGGCAAACCAAAUCUUUGACAGCAUUUGGAUGAUAGAAGAGAGUGACAGCAGCAGACGUGCUAAAAUGAAAACUAAAACUGCAGUGGUUUGCGCCUGUGCCAUCCUCAUGGUUUUUCUUAUAGUUGAAUCUUGGUGUGCUCCAAAGAACAAACUCAUAGCAAGAAAUUGGGGCCCACAAUCAAUGCUAUACCUCAAAGGACAAUAUGGUAGAAGAUAUGCUUCUGAUAGUGAAGAGCAAUAUUACAAGCUUGACCUGGAGGACUUAAAUGCAGUGUUAAAAAGUUAUAAAAAUUCAACACCAGUGAAAUUUAUGAACAUCAAAAGAAGAUUAACAGCUCAAAAUAUGGACAUUAACUACUUGGAAUAGAACAAAUAGGUUUACUUUACCUGCUGCUAAUUUCUCAUCAUGCUGUAAAAAUAAAAACAACUAUGUUAACUUAAAAAAGUUACUGUAAAUGUGACUGUGAAAAGUUCCAUUAAAGGCUGGUAAACUUUAAAU